CCCAGCCCCCACAUCAGCAGUUUGCCCCGGCCAUGGAAAAUUCUGACCCCCUUUGCUAUUCACAGCACCGGGCCGGGCAGUGCCAGCCCCUGGCGCGGUUCAAGUGGGGACAAUCUAGCGCUGGAGAUAAAGCGGAAGGUGCCAAUGCCGGGGUGAACCAGGGUCAAGGUGAUUUUUCCCUGCUACAGAGCCUGUCCAAUUCACACAGCAUGGAGAUGCGGCCACCUCUGGGAUCUCUGGCUAUGGUUCUCCCGGAGAAUGAGCCCUUGGUGGGGCUGAGCCAGACCUCGCAAUGCCCUGUCCUGGCCCCCGUUGGGCAGGACAGGCGGAGGGGGCCGUUUCCAGCCCAGGGCCCCGAGCCGGCCCGGGCCCAGCCGGUGGGUGGUGCCGAUUGUCUCUCCUCCGGCCCCGGGGGAGCCAUGAGCGACAGCCCUGAGGAGGACGAGGCCAGCAGCACGGAGAGUGCCCAGAACGGGGACGAGAGCCCCCAGGCGGGCGCGGAGGGGUCCCGGCUGCGGGGGGAGCAGGACGAGGCGCUGGGCCGGGUAGCGGAGCUGGAGAGUUGUAUCAAGGAGCUUCAGCACCAGCAGAAGGAGAUGAACAUCGAGCAGAUGAAGCUGGAGGGGGCGCUGCUGGAGGGGGAGCUGGCGGCCGAGUGGCGGGAGGUUCAGCGCGAGGAGCAGCUGGUCCUGCAGCUGCAGAGGAGGUUCGCGGAGACGGUGCACCGGUGCCACGUCGAGAGAGAGAAGGAGAAGGCUCGGCUGGGGAAGGAGCGGCUCAAGGUGGAGGAGCUCCAGAGGCAACACGCCGAGUCCCAGACCCACCUGGAGACCCAGCCCGAGAGCAUGCGGGAGCGAAUGCAAAGCCAGCUGCAGCAGACGUCGGAGAUGCUGGAGGGGGCACUGAAGAGCUACGAGGACCUGGAGUUCCAGCAGCUGGAGCGCGAGAGCCGCUUGGAAGAGGAGAAGGAGGAGGCCUGCCAGGCCUUGGCCCGCCAGGUGGCCCAGGUGCAGGAGAGGCUCAAGGAGAGGAAGGAGAGGCGUCGGCUGGAGGAGCUGGGCAAAGUCUGUGAAGACGAGAGCAGAGAUGACUCGCCCGUCAGUAACCAGGAGCUCACCAAGCUCAUGUUCACCCAAAAGACGGAUCGGAAGGUCGUGGUGCUGGGCUGCGACCAGCGCGACCCGGCCUGCGUGUUCUCCGUCCGCAGCUCCGUCCAGAGCUCCUUCGGGCUGCAGAGAUCGAGGAGCCUGCCUCGAAGACGGGGGGACCGGCUGGUCCCCCGCCCCACCCAGCGCCCCCUCUCGCUCGAAGCCAACGGGGGGCUAGACUCAGACGUCCUGGCGCUGCAGCUCUCGGCUGGGGGCGACCGGCGCUGCGUGCCGCUCAAACAUCUCAACGCCCCCCUGUACCCUCUGGGGGGGCCAUACAGCAGCGUCAGCUCCUGUGUCACCAAACUGGCCGAAAUGGAGCGGAUGGUGCGGGAGGCCAUGGCAGAGAGAGAGCGGCUGCUGCAGGCGCGGGAGGCGAAGCGAGUGGCCCAGGGGGAGACACAACACACGGAGCCGCCCCCCCCUGCCCAGGACCGGAGCCCGGGGCCGUCGCGGGAGCCCCCUGCCCCCGCCCCCCUGGACCUGCGCGCCCACCUGGAGGCCUCGGGGCACAGCCUGGAGACCUGCCCCGAGGUGCGGGUGACGGGCAGGGCCUGCCGCGGCUUCCUGGUCAAGAUGGGCGGGCGCAUCAAAACCUGGAAGAAACGUUGGUUCUGCUUCGACCGUCAGCGGCGCCUGCUGGCCUACUACACAAAGAGGAGGCGAAGCUCAAGGGCGUCAUCUACUUCCAGGCCAUCGAGGAGGUUUAUUAUGAUCACCUGCGCAGCGCCUUCAAGAGCCCCAACCCCAAACUGACCUUCUGUGUCAAGACCUACGACCGGCUCUUCUGCCUGGUGGCGCCCAGCGCCGAGGCCAUGCGCAUCUGGAUGGACGCCAUCGUCACGGCCGCCGAGGAGAACACGCGUUAUUGAGCCGGGCCCGUGGAGCGCCCCAGGGACCCACCAAAGACAUUGCCCACCUGGUGGGCGUGGCCAGCUGGGCCAUUGGCUCCGCCCCUGGGAGGGGCUUGAGGGCAGGGCAGCCAAUGGGAGAUGGACUUGGUUCUUGAAGGUGUGAAGCCGUGCUGGCCCCGCCCCUUUUGACCUCGACCGUGGUGGGGAGCAAUGGGGCGCAGGCGUUUGCCUCCAAUCAGAACAGGGCUCUUCAAAAACACAGACAUUCCCGGAACUGGCACCAAUGGGAGGCAAGCGGCUUUGAAUCCCGACCAAUGGGAGGAGGCUCACUCAGAAUUCUGGCCAAUCAGAGGAGGCCUAGUUUGAAGGCUGGGCAAUUGGAUGCGUGCUCGUCCGGGACCUGCACCAAUUGGUGGAGAGAGAGGUUGAGACCUGGCCAACAGGAAAAGACUUGUUCAGAAUCUGCACCAAUAGGAGACCUGCUUAAAUGCCAACCAAUGGGGGUGUGGGGUGGGGAACACCUGGUUGGAAUUCCCACCAAUUGCAUGCAGCCUGGCUUUGAAACCUGGCCAAUUACCCAAAAGACUGGAAUUUGUACCACUGGGAGGAGACAUGGACUGAACUGACCAAUGGCAGCUUGGAAUUCCCAUUGACUGUCCAAAAUCACGACCAAUGGGAGCAGGCUUCUGGGAUGCACCAAUUGGAGGAGACUGGGAUCGAACUGGCCAAUGGCGGCCGUGCCUGGAGGGCGCCGUGGCCAAGUCCCGACCAAUGGGGAGUGUGGAGUCUCUCGGAUAGGGCGGCAUUCCCAGCAUGCUUUGUGCCAUGUGGCCAAGGCUCAGGGGGCCGGGGCUGAGCCCAAACAUGGCAGCAGGGGGGGCCCCCUAUCCCCCUGGAUCUCGUCUGUACCUGCCCCCCCCUUCCCCAUGUGUCUGUUGGGGGCCCCAGGUUCGCUGCCCUCUGCUGACGCCAACUAUUUAUUACAGAAACUCGUC